CCUGCCCUCUUCCCCUAACAUAAUUGUAAUCUCUUGGUAAAACAGGUGAGCUUAGCAGUAACGUGUUAGUUGGUUGGAAUGCUGCCUCUUCCUCCUUCUUCCCCGUUCUUCUCAGGAGCUGCUGCCCUUCUCUUGUGUCCUUGCUGUACAGAACCAUGUCUCCCUUUUUCUGGUUUUAUGUGCUUGUUUUCUUGAAGCAUAUACUCAGAUAAUUUCCUGAGAAGUAUUUGAAUGACUUUGUUUUGUACACACAGCUGUUUGGUGGUUCAGCAGUUUACAGAGUUCAAGGUUUGAAAUAAUUAUCCCUCAGAACAUUGAAGGCAUUGCCAUACUGUCUUCUGGUGUUUUUUAAUUGCUCUACAGACAUAGUGACUCAAGUCCUUUUUAUGUGACCUUGAUUUGUGUGUUUUCCUUUCUCCCUGUUCAGAAACUAUGAGGAUAUGCUGUAUCUCUGUUGUUCUGUACCUUCAUGAUGGAAUGGAUCUUUCCUCACUCCUGCUGGGUUAUGAAACUGGAUGGCUUCUACAGGGAGCCAGGCCUCUGAUAUAGACGAGAUUUUUGGAUUCUUCAGUGAUGGCGAACCCCCCACCAAAAAGCCCAGAAAGCUGCUUCCAAGCUUAAAGACUAAGAAGCCCCGAGAACUUGUGCUGGUGAUUGGAACAGGCAUUAGUGCUGCAGUUGCACCUCAGGUUCCAGCGCUAAAAUCCUGGAAGGGGUUAAUUCAGGCCUUACUGGAUGCUGCCAUUGAUUUUGAUCUUCUAGAAGAUGAAGAGAGCAAAAAGUUUCAGAAAUGUCUCCAUGAAGAUAAGAACCUUGUCCAUGUUGCCCAUGACCUUAUUCAGAAGCUCUCACCUCGUACCAGUAAUGUUCGAUCCACAUUUUUCAAAGACUGUUUAUAUGAAGUAUUUGAUGACCUGGAGUCAAAGAUGGAAGAUUCUGGAAAACAGCUAUUGCAAUCAGUUCUCCACCUGAUGGAAAAUGGGGCCCUAGUAUUAACUACGAAUUUUGAUAAUCUUCUGGAACUGUAUGCGGCAGACCAGGGAAAACAGCUUGAAUCCCUUGACCUUACUGAUGAGAAAAAGGUCCUGGAGUGGGCCCAGGAGAAGCGGAAGCUGAGUGUGUUACACAUCCAUGGGGUCUAUACCAACCCUAGUGGCAUUGUCCUCCAUCCAGCUGGAUAUCAGAAUGUGCUCAGGAACACUGAAGUUAUGAGGGAGAUUCAAAAACUCUAUGAAAAUAAGUCAUUUCUUUUCCUGGGUUGUGGCUGGACUGUGGAUGACACCACUUUCCAGGCCCUCUUCCUGGAGGCUGUCAAGCAUAAAUCUGACUUAGAACAUUUCAUGCUGGUUCGGAGAGGAGAUGUAGAUGAGUUCAAGAAGCUUCGAGAAAACAUGCUGGACAAAGGGAUUAAGGUCAUCUCCUAUGGAAAUGACUAUGCUGAUCUCCCGGAAUAUUUCAAGCGACUGACAAGUGAGAUCUCCACAAGGGGUAGAUCAUCAGCAGGGGUGGUGAGAGAAGGCCAGCUAAAUGGUUCAUCUGCAGCACAUGGUGAAAUAAGAGGCUGUAGUACAUGAGUGCACUAGAGAAAUCAUGUUUAGACCAUGCUGUAAGGCCCUCCUGUGGACAGUGUUUAACAAGCAAACUUACAAGAACCCAGCACAGCUCCCAGGAAGUACCAAUAUCCAGAGGUUGAAGUUUGGGGAUAGGAUGUGGGGGGUGUUUCAUCUUUUCCUUCAUACCACCUAAGUGACAUCGCAACCCAUUGCAGCCCCCACCCACUCCCAGGCUGGAUGUGCCCAUGUCCACACAGACCAGUGUGAUGCCUCCACUGCCUGUGGCUGCAGCUCUGCAGGAAGGACUUGGGGAGCUAGAAGUCAUGGAGUCAGCGGGCUCUUGUUGCAGUUUUGUACUCUGUGGUUUUUCAAUUAAGCUUAAUGGUGUUUUUUAAAACAUGAUUUGGAAGCUCUAGUUUUCUAGAUCUUUUACAGUGUACAGUAUUUUACAUAACUGAGCUGUAUUAAAAGCUUGUUCAUUUACUUGCCAGGGCCCUGGCUCUACUUUGAGUCAUUGUAGAAGGGUAACUUGCACUGAGGUACUAAGAAGCCUAUUUUUUUAUAACUCAAAAUUUAAAGUUAUGUUUUCCGCUUGGGUGGGGUGACUCAUUCUGGGAACAACCACUUACUUAACCU